GGAUCGGCCCCGUAUGACCCCAAGCUAAGAACAAAAGAGACCCCAAAGAGUCUACAUGUCUAAUAUUUAGACAUGUUCAGCUUUGUGGAUUCUCGGUCACUGCUGUUGAUAGCAGCGACUGUCCUACUCGCCCGCGGGCAAGGAGAGGAAGACAUCCAAACCGGGAGCUGCAUCCAGGAUGGGCUCACGUACAACGACAAGGACGUGUGGAAACCAGAACCGUGCCAGAUCUGCGUCUGCGACAGCGGCAACAUCCUGUGCGACGAGGUGAUCUGCGAGGACACCUCCGACUGCCCCAACGCCGAGAUCCCCUUCGGAGAGUGCUGCCCCAUCUGUCCCGACACCGACGCCUCCCCUGCCUACCCAGAAAGUGCUGGAGUAGAGGGUCCUAAAGGAGACACCGGCCCCAAAGGAGACAGGGGACUCCCCGGCCCCCCCGGCAGAGAUGGAAUCCCCGGACAGCCCGGACUCCCGGGACCCCCAGGCCCUCCCGGCCCCCCAGGCCUCGGCGGAAACUUCGCUCCCCAGAUGUCCUACGGCUACGACGAGAAGGCCGGAGGCAUGGCCGUGCCCGGGCCCAUGGGCCCAGCUGGUCCCCGUGGUCUCCCCGGCCCUCCCGGUGCUCCCGGUCCUCAAGGUUUCCAAGGUCCCCCUGGUGAACCUGGAGAGCCUGGUGCUUCUGGUCCCAUGGGCCCCCGAGGUCCCGCUGGCCCCCCUGGCAAGAACGGAGAUGAUGGUGAAGCUGGCAAGCCUGGCCGCCCCGGAGAGCGGGGUCCCCCCGGCCCCCAGGGCGCUCGAGGUCUCCCCGGAACCGCCGGCCUGCCAGGCAUGAAGGGACACAGAGGUUUCAGUGGUCUGGAUGGUGCCAAGGGUGAGCCUGGACCUGCUGGCCCCAAGGGAGAGCCCGGCAGCCCCGGAGAGAACGGAGCUCCUGGGCAGAUGGGUCCUCGUGGUCUUCCCGGCGAGAGAGGCCGUCCCGGCCCAUCUGGCCCCGCUGGCGCUCGUGGCAACGACGGUGCUCCCGGCGCUGCCGGUCCCCCCGGUCCAACUGGUCCCGCUGGUCCCCCCGGCUUCCCCGGUGCCGCUGGUGCUAAGGGUGAGACAGGUCCCCAGGGAGCUCGUGGCAGCGAAGGUCCCCAAGGUGCUCGCGGUGAGCCCGGUCCCCCCGGCCCUGCUGGCGCUGCCGGUCCUGCUGGCAACCCCGGUGCUGACGGCCAACCCGGUGCCAAGGGCGCGACCGGCGCUCCUGGCAUCGCUGGCGCUCCCGGCUUCCCCGGUGCCCGCGGUCCCUCCGGACCCCAGGGUCCCAGCGGCGCCCCCGGCCCCAAGGGGAACACCGGUGAGCCCGGUGCUCCAGGCAACAAGGGUGACACCGGUGCCAAAGGCGAACCCGGUCCCGCUGGUGUCCAAGGCCCCCCCGGCCCCGCUGGAGAAGAAGGCAAGAGAGGAGCCCGUGGUGAGCCCGGCCCCGCUGGGCUGCCCGGCCCCGCUGGCGAACGUGGUGCUCCUGGCAGCCGCGGUUUCCCUGGCGCCGAUGGCAUCGCCGGUCCCAAGGGUCCCCCCGGCGAGCGCGGCUCCCCCGGCCCCGUUGGCCCCAAAGGAUCUCCUGGUGAAGCUGGACGCCCCGGGGAACCCGGACUCCCCGGUGCCAAGGGUCUGACUGGAAGCCCCGGGAGCCCCGGUCCCGACGGCAAGACCGGCCCCCCUGGUCCCGCUGGUCAAGACGGGCGGCCCGGCCCCCCCGGCCCCCCCGGAGCCAGAGGCCAGGCCGGCGUGAUGGGAUUCCCCGGUCCCAAAGGUGCUGCGGGCGAACCCGGCAAACCUGGCGAGAGAGGAGCUCCCGGUCCCCCCGGCGCCGUGGGCCCUGCUGGCAAAGAUGGUGAAACCGGUGCCCAAGGUCCUCCCGGCCCCACCGGUCCCGCUGGAGAAAGAGGUGAACAAGGUCCCGCUGGUGCUCCUGGCUUCCAGGGUCUGCCCGGCCCCGCUGGCCCCCCUGGCGAGGCUGGCAAGCCCGGUGAGCAGGGUGUCCCCGGAGACGCCGGAGCCCCCGGUCCCGCCGGUGCCAGGGGUGAGAGAGGAUUCCCUGGAGAACGCGGUGUCCAAGGUCCCCCCGGUCCCCAAGGUCCUCGUGGUGCUAACGGUGCUCCCGGUAACGAUGGUGCUAAGGGCGAUGCUGGUGCUCCCGGAGCCCCCGGGAACCAGGGCCCCCCCGGUCUGCAGGGUAUGCCCGGAGAGCGUGGUGCUGCCGGCCUGCCAGGCGCCAAGGGUGACAGAGGUGACCCCGGUCCCAAAGGUGCUGAUGGCGCUCCUGGCAAGGACGGUCUCCGAGGCCUGACCGGUCCCAUCGGCCCCCCCGGCCCUGCUGGUGCUCCUGGUGACAAGGGUGAAGCCGGUCCCCCCGGUCCUGCUGGUCCCACUGGCGCCCGUGGUGCUCCCGGUGACCGCGGCGAGCCCGGCCCUCCCGGUCCUGCUGGAUUUGCUGGCCCCCCCGGCGCUGACGGCCAGCCUGGUGCUAAAGGUGAAACUGGGGAUGCUGGAGCCAAGGGUGACGCCGGUCCCCCCGGCCCCGCUGGCCCCACUGGUGCUCCUGGACCUGCUGGUGCUGUUGGUGCUCCCGGUCCCAAAGGUGCUCGUGGCAGCGCUGGACCCCCUGGUGCUACUGGUUUCCCUGGUGCUGCUGGAAGAGUUGGACCCCCCGGCCCCUCUGGCAACAUCGGCCUCCCCGGCCCGCCCGGCCCCAGCGGGAAGGAAGGUGGCAAAGGACCCCGCGGUGAGACCGGCCCCGCUGGCCGCCCCGGAGAGCCGGGACCCGCCGGUCCCCCCGGCCCCCCCGGCGAGAAAGGAGCCCCCGGCGCUGACGGCCCCAUCGGCGCUCCCGGCACGCCCGGACCCCAAGGUAUCGCCGGCCAGCGCGGUGUCGUUGGUCUCCCCGGCCAGAGAGGCGAGCGAGGCUUCCCUGGGCUGCCCGGCCCCUCCGGUGAACCCGGCAAACAAGGUCCCUCCGGCUCCCCCGGCGAGCGCGGCCCCCCCGGCCCCAUGGGCCCCCCCGGCCUGGCCGGACCCCCCGGAGAAGCCGGACGCGAGGGUGCUCCCGGUGCUGAAGGUGCCCCCGGCCGUGACGGUGCUGCUGGUCCCAAGGGCGAUCGUGGUGAGACCGGCCCCGCCGGCCCCCCUGGUGCUCCCGGUGCCCCCGGUGCCCCCGGCCCCGUUGGCCCUGCUGGCAAGAACGGAGAUCGUGGUGAGACGGGUCCCCAAGGUCCCGCUGGCCCCCCUGGUCCUGCUGGUGCUCGUGGUCCUGCUGGUCCCCAAGGUCCCCGUGGUGACAAAGGUGAAACCGGUGAACAGGGUGACAGAGGCAUGAAGGGUCACAGAGGCUUCUCCGGUCUCCAGGGCCCACCCGGUCCUCCCGGCUCUCCUGGUGAACAAGGUCCUUCUGGUGCUUCUGGCCCCGCCGGUCCCCGAGGUCCUCCCGGCUCCGCUGGUGCUGCUGGCAAGGACGGUCUGAACGGGCUGCCCGGCCCCAUCGGUCCCCCCGGCCCCCGCGGCCGCACCGGCGACGUCGGUCCCGUCGGUCCCCCCGGCCCCCCCGGGCCCCCCGGUCCUCCCGGCCCUCCGAGCGGCGGCUUCGACUUCAGCUUCCUGCCCCAGCCGCCCCAGGAGAAGGCGCACGACGGCGGCCGCUACUACCGGGCCGAUGACGCCAACGUGAUGCGCGACCGCGACCUGGAGGUGGACACCACCCUCAAGAGCCUGAGCCAGCAGAUCGAGAACAUCCGCAGCCCCGAGGGCACCCGCAAGAACCCCGCCCGCACCUGCCGCGACCUGAAGAUGUGCCACGGCGACUGGAAGAGCGGCGAGUACUGGAUCGACCCCAACCAAGGCUGCAACCUGGACGCCAUCAAGGUCUUCUGCAACAUGGAGACAGGCGAGACGUGCGUGUACCCGACGCAGGCGUCCAUCGCCCGCAAGAACUGGUACCUCAGCAAGAACCCCAAGGAGAAGAAACACGUCUGGUUCGGCGAGACCAUGAGCGACGGCUUCCAGUUCGAGUACGGCGGCGAGGGCUCCGACCCGGCCGACGUUGCCAUCCAGCUGACCUUCCUGCGCCUCAUGGCCACCGAGGCCGCCCAGAACGUCACCUACCACUGCAAGAACAGCGUGGCCUACAUGGACCAGGCCAGCGGCAACCUGAAGAAGGCCCUGCUGCUGCAGGGCGCCAACGAGAUCGAGAUCCGCGCCGAGGGCAACAGCCGCUUCACCUACGGCGUCACCGAGGACGGCUGCACGAGUCACACGGGCGCCUGGGGCAAGACAGUCAUCGAGUACAAGACGACGAAGACCUCGCGCCUGCCCAUCAUCGAUUUGGCUCCUAUGGACGUCGGCGCUCCGGACCAGGAAUUCGGCAUCGACAUCGGCCCCGUCUGCUUCUUGUAACCCCGGAUGCCCCACGCGUGACAGGAGAGAGUAAUAAUAAUGAUAAAAAAAUUAAUAAUAAUAAAAAAAAAAAAAAAAAAAAAAAAAAAAAAAAAAAAAAAAAAAAAAAAAAAAAAAAAAAAAAGAGAAAAUUUCACAUGGACUUGAAUUUGUGUCGGUUUCUAUCCAGCGUCUCUAAAACAACUCCGGUUGCGUUGCCGUAAGAGGAAAAAACCUCAAAAACCCUCCCAAAACAAAAAAAAAAAAACCAAAACCGCAUUCAACCCCCCCGAAAAAUAUUUAAAAAAACCCAAAUAAAUGACUUUUUCAAACAAAAUCACCAGGAAGUGGGUUCGCUUGCUUGCCCCCCCUCAUUCCUCAGCCCCAGAGAUGGCAGAGCUCAGCUCCCCAGAGGGUCCCCGAGCCCCCCGGGACCCCCAGGCCCCCUCCCCGCCAGCCCCUUCGCUUCUUGCAUCUCAUUAGAAUUUUAAUUUUUGCUGCGAGGAAGAUCUCGAACUCCUGGCUAUAAUUUGCUUUUUCUCCCUUGUUCUCCCUCUUUCCCUCCCCUCUCCCCCUUAUUUUUUAUUUGGAUAAUGCUGAUUUUGAGUUCUCUUGAUUUCCUUUUGUUCUGGUUAUUUUUUAUCAUGAUUUGUUGUUGUUGUUGUUGUUGUUGUUGUUCUGUUCGCUGUUUGUUGUUCAUUUUAUUUUCAUUCAGGCAGCAAAACCAAUUCACUCCCAAGCCGCGGAGCAGCUCCGGCCCUGCGCUGACGCCCCUGUCCGGAUGGCUACCUCACCACUCUCGGGGUGUUUCAUCGUCUUUUUGAGUCUGAAUUUUGGGGUUCUUUUUGGGUUUUUUUAGCUUCGUUUGGAGCUUUUCAGCCGUGCCGGGACUUUCCUGCCAGGUUCAGAGCAAAGGUGCUAAUUUUUCCCCCCCCACCCCCAUCAUGUUCCCCCCUUUUUUCUCUUUGGUUGCUCUGUUGUUCUCUUAUUUUGAUUUUCCUUUGGAGGUUUUCUUUCCCUCAGGAUUUUUAUCCUGGUUUUUUGUUGUUGUUUUGGGUUUUUUUAAUAAUUAUUUUUAAAUAUUCUCUUUAAUUUUGGCCCCGGAACACCCAACCCCGGGACCGCCUGGUGCUACAACCUCCAAAGAGGUCUCAGCUUGGUCUGUUCUAAUCCCCCUCUAUUUUACGGUUUAUUUCCCUCCUUUUUUCUUCUUUUUUUUUUUUUUUGCUGCUCAGCUCCCCGCUCGGGAAUUUUCCAAAGGUGCUAUUUCCCCCCGCCCCCCACUACCCCCAGCUCCACCACCCCACGAGCAAAUCCCGCAAAGCGAGAGGCAUCAAAUCCCAAGGGGAAAAGGAAUAAAUCGAUUUUCCAGGUCGAGCAGGUGGAACUUCAGCUCCGCUCUCAUCUUCCAGCAGCUUUUUCUCCCUCCCUCCAUCCCCGCAUCCUCCCCGGGCACGGAGGGCCACGAACCCACUCCCUUUGCCGGGCCCAGCUCCCGGCGGAUGCUCCGGCUUUCCCCCGGUUUUGUACCUAGUUUGUAUAAUGUAUUAUAAUAAUUAAUUAAUUAAUUAAGUAAUUAAUAAUUUUAAAGUGGUUUGGGGGUUUUCUUCUUUUCUAUUCUUUUUUUUUUUUUUUUUUUUUUUUCUAAAUGGAUAUAUAUUUUUUUUUUUUUUUUAAUUUUUCCUGACUGCUGAAAUAAAGGCAUGUGAAAUGAUCCAACCAA